GUGUGCGAGGAUGGCAUGUCGCAGGGAACGGCGGUGGCCGCCGCCUUCCUGCUUGCCGACUCGUUGCCUCGUGGCCAGUCCCUGGACGACCCAUGGGCGCGGCUUUGGCGUCGCCCCUUCCUCCUCAUGGCCGGCGGGCAGCUCUACCGACACUGCCUCUCCUCGUCCAUCGUCCCGCGCGUGGUGGACGGCGCUUGCCAAGUGUCUAG